CGUCAUGGCAUUUUCCAAAGUCUGCAGCUGUUGGAGGCUCCUCUACCAGUGGACCACGUCUUGGGCGAGCAAGAACUCGGAGUCAGAUGGCAGUCACCACCCUGACAGCGAUGAAACUUCGGACGCCAUGAGGCCCUCGGUCUACGUCUCCGGACCUUGUGGUGGCGCCGGCGGGAGCGAGAGGGACAUGGGUGUAGGUCCCGACACUCGCAUCCUGAAGGUGAUGCUUCGCCAUGGGCUCGCAGUGAACGCCAUUAGAAUUAUGUACCAUCACGACGGCUGCAACGGGUGGACCGGCUGGUGGGGGGGAAGCGGAGGGCAACUUUCCGAGAUCAAUCUGGAUGUCGAUGGCGAUGAAUACUUGACAUGGAUAAGUGGUCGAUAUGGCUUUUUCCGCGGCGAAAUGGUGAUAAGGUCGCUGACUUUUGGCAACAACAAGAAGACGUAUGGGCCGUACGGGGUGGAAGAUGGUUUUACUUUCGAUUUGGAUGCAGGAAGUCAAAGGAUCGUGGGGUUCUUCGCCCGCUCAGGCCAAUUCCUCGACGCCAUCGGGGUUUAUACAGCUUAGCGAUCCACCAAACAUACGUCUACUCUCCUAAGCCAUUGGAUGCAACUGAGAACAUAAGCGAUCGAUAUAAUGCGUCUCAUAAGAUCGUCUCUGUACGAAAUUAAUUCUAAUAUCUGAUAAUAAAUAAAGGUCUUUACCUCAAUCCAAA